AUGACGUCCAGCAAAGACAUGAAGGCGGGAUCCGCUUUGCAGUCCAGCGGCGAGGACCGGAGACGGGCUCCCCUGGAUCAGCUGCCCCCGCCGGCCAACUCCAACAAGCCGCUGACGCCCUUCAGCAUCGAGGACAUCCUCAAUAAGCCGUCCGUCAAAAAGAAGGCCACUGCGGCUUCGCCCAGCGUCACGUGUCCGCCGAGGGUGCUGGAUAAAGUGGCCGCCUCCAACGCUGCCAGGAACGGCCUCAGCACGCCCUCCUCCCCGCUGUGCGCCCUGGAGGAGCUCGCUAGCAAGACGUUCAAGGGCCUGGAGGUCAACGUCAUUCAGGCGGCGGAAGGCCGCGAACACAUGAACGCCUUCGGCCAGAGGCAGACCUCCAAGAAGAGAAGGAAGUCGCGGACGGCCUUCACCAACCACCAAAUCUACGAACUGGAGAAGCGUUUCCUGUACCAGAAGUACCUGUCCCCGGCAGACCGGGACCAGAUCGCCCAGCAGCUGGGCCUGUCCAAUGCCCAGGUCAUCACGUGGUUCCAGAACCGGCGCGCCAAGCUCAAGCGAGACCUGGAAGAGAUGAAGGCGGACGUGGAGUCCCUGAAGAAGAUCACUCCGCAGACUCUGCAGAAGCUCGUCACCAUGGAGAACAUGGACGAGGUCCAGGGUGGACCGGGAGGACCGGGGUCCCAGUCCCCCUCUGAUGGACACGUGAGGGUCUUCCCACAGUCCCCGUCUUCGUCCCGAGGCCAAACCACGGACGAGUUCUCUGAGGAUGACGAGGAGAUCGAAGUGGAUGAUUGA